AUGUCGGUUUAUCGGAUUGCUCGAGGAUUCCGUUCGACGCUUGCCCAUUGUCCUCGUGAGUUUCAUCUGAGGCCUGUUCAUCAUCUCCGCGGUUUCGGUCUCGCUCAACCUAUUCGCAUCGUUCAACAUAUUCGCACUCAGAAGUAUUCGACCGACGAGAGUAUUUCCAAACCGGAUGAUUUGGCUAACCGAGUCACAAAGUUGGAGAAGUCUUUCAGUACCACGAUGGAGGACGGAUUCAAGAAGUUGAAGGACGAGUUGAAGGACGAGUUGAAGGAGACUUUGGAAAAGAGUUUGGCAACGACCAAUGAUGGAAUCAAAGAUCUCCGUGCAUGGGUAAGAUGGAUUGUGGGAACAUUUGGUCUUGGGCUUAAGCUAGAGUUGAAGGUUGAGCAUCAGGAAAGGCUGUUGUCUGACCAGAACAAGAAGAAUCAAUGA